CCCCGCCUGACUAUUUUCUUUGAUUUCCGCCCUUCGCUGCUAGGGUUUUAGGUAGGGCUUUACCUCAGAGCCCUGGAACGAACUUGGGAAUCUCGGAGCAUGGCCUUUACCUCCAUCUAUCGUAAUCUACUUCGCAGGUCUAUCAUUCCACGCCCUCUAUUCCCCUCUUCCAGAUUUUUCAACACCCCUCUCGCCGGCAGUGAAUCCGAUCACGAAGGAGAUGAGCCCUUCGACACCUCCACCGCGGCAUCCUCCGGCGGGCCGACCACCGAGGAGCGGAGAGCCCCUCUAUUUCGCCCUCUUGAAAACGGUCUCGAUCCCGGCGUUUACAAGGCGAUAUUGGUUGGAAAAGUGGGCCAGAAGCCGGUAGAAAAGCAGCUGAAGAGCAGCAGAGUGGUGGUUUUGUUUUCAGUGGCUACGGGCGGGAUCAGGAACAACCGACGGCCGCUUGAGGACGAGGAGCCGAGGCAAUAUGCUGAGCGUUGUGCUGUUCAAUGGCACCGUGUAUGCAUAUACCCGGAGCGGCUUGGAAGAAUAGCGCUCAACCAUGUAAAGCCAGGAUCACUCCUGUACUUGGAGGGAAAUCUGGAGACGAAGGUUUUUAGCGAUCCGAUUACUGGUCUUGUUAGACGCAUAAGAGAAGUUGCUAUAAGACACGGUGGCCGCCUUGUAUUCCUUGGUAACAAUGGCGAGUCUGGGCAGCCCGAGUCUGCAGAUUUGAGAAGAGCCGGUUAUUAUUGAGCAACUUCUAGCCAUUACUAGAGCUUGGCCAAAGCUGAAAUCUGGCAGCUUUGCAGCAAAGACAAGCAUCCACUGCUGUUUUCGCUUGGCUGAAAUCACUCAAGAGUGACCGGUUGGUGCUCACCCUUAGGCUGGGAAUGGGACUGAAGAAGCAGCAUUAUUGUUUUCAUGCUGGUGCUAAUUGUUGUUGGUGUAAGGUUAAUUAUGAUUAUAUGUAUGCGUUUAGAAUGGCAAUGUUCGUUCUAAAUUUUCAUAAUCGUUGUUGAUUUUAUUUUAUCGACAGUUAUUUGUUGUGAUGAAGAAUGCUUUUACUUUAUUUUAUUUGAUAUUUUGAUUAUUAA